CCUUCACUGUUUAAUUAGCCAAGCUGCCUGGGUACAGAUAUGUAUAGAAUCCCAAUACCCGUUAACUCAGACACUUGAUUAAUAGUCAGUGGAUCUGAAAAAAACCCAGAAAGUCAUUGAAUUGGAAGGAAACUAAAUCUGAAGUAUUAUUUCAGCCUGUUUAAGCAGCCACAUUCAAUUCAUAAGGAACUUGACUGAGUGAUAUUUCAGCUGCUGUGUUUGGAGGAUAACAAAAAUUAGUAUUGAUUUUUGGGGCCAGGUUAUUUGUAUGGGCUGUAAAGCCUGUACACAGUGACUGUCUGCUGGCUCUACCACAGGGAUAUACCUACUCCACAACUGCCUCAUCUCACUUCCUGUUGGAUUCUAACAAUUUUACUGAGGAAAGGUCUGAGAGUACGAGUAUGACCUCUAGAUAAAGACUGGUUUGACCCUUGCUACAUACUCCGGAUCCUUUAGUGAUGAGUUCCCAGGGGCCAGGGCCUCCGGUUACCCCACCUCCAGUAGCGCCCCCAUCAGAGGAGCAGUGUGGUGUUUUCUGGCUUCACAAUCAAACGAAAUAUGAUUUCACGGGUGGAGAGUAUGGAGAGAUCCCAUUUACUCUCAUCAUCAAUGCCAUCGUUUGGUUGGUUCUCAUCAUACUGUUUGCCAUUCUGAGGAAGAUUGCCUGGGAUUAUGGUCGGAUAGCCCUUGUGAGCCGAACCGAAGAAAAUGCUCAAGUUCUGAAGAAGGAUAAUGGCUACAAUGUAUGGACAUCUCUAUUUUUUGGCGAGAGAGACAAACCAGCGCAUGGAUCUCAGGAAUCCCUUGAUACCCACCUCCACUCCCAGGAUAAGGGGUUCUGUGCCUGGAUACCAGCAUUUUUUAGAGUCAAGGAUGCAGACAUCCUACAGAAAUGCGGCCAUGAUGCGAUCCAGUACCUAUCCUUCCAGCGCUACUUGAUCAUCUACACGACCAUCAUCUGUAUCCUAGCAGUCGCUGUCGUCAUCCCCACCAACUUCUCCGGCGACAUCAUUGGCAAUGCUACAGACUUUGGUCACACAACCAUAGGAAACCUGGACCCUAAGUCGCCCCUUCUGUGGAUACACGCCCUGUUGGCAAUUGUCUUCCUCAUCAUUAUCGUGGCCCUGAUGCAUCACUUCUCACGCAACCUGGAGUAUCAAGAGGAUGACCAGGUGUCAAGAACAUUGAUGAUCUCCAACAUCCCAACUCAGAGAUGCUUCAAAAACAUCAUCACUCAACACUUCCAAGAGGCUUACCCAGAGACUGCGGUAAUUGAUGUACAAUUCGCCUACAACAUCUCCAAUCUUGUCAUCCUGGACAAGAAACUGAAGACUGCGAGUGAGGCGCGGAUGAACUCCCAGAUAGAAUGUGAUCGGACUGGGAAUCGUCCAAUGAUGAGGCCACAUGCCUGUGGUCGGUGCUGCUGUGGUUCCCAGAAGGUAGAUGCUUUAGAAUACUACAGCACUCUGGAGGCUGAGCUGAAAAAUAAGUGUGAGAACGAGAAAAUCACUGCCUACCAGGACCCUCAGGGCAUCGCAUUUGUAUCCUUCCAGACUGACUACAUGGCAGAAAAGGUUUUAGCUGACUUUGGUUUGGCCUGUAAAGGGUCCAACAGCUGUCCACCAUCCACUGUGGCCAAAGAACUUAACAUUGCUGAGUGGGACGUCAAGUACGCUCCAUCUCCAGAAAACAUCUACUGGGAGAACCUGACAAAAUCUGGGAUACGAUGGUGGAUAUUUGCGAUUGUAAUUAACGGAUUCCUCGUCAUCCUCCUUUUCUUUUUCACCACGCCGCUCAUCAUCAUCAAUAACCUUGACAAAGUGGAAUACUUAAAGGGAUCAAUGACGAGUCCUAUAAUUCAGCAGUUUCUGCCAACUCUGCUUCUGUGGACAUUUGCUUGUCUUUUGCCAAAUGCUGUGUAUUACUCAGACCAGUAUAUAGGUCAUUGGACAAGAACUUCAGAACACCAUUCUGUGAUGAUAAAGUGUUUUAUUUUUUUGCUGCUCAUGGUCUUGAUUUUACCUUCUUUAGGUCUGUUUAGUGUGAAUGCCUUGUUCCAGUGGCUGGUGAUGGACACUCAGAAUGACUUGCGCUGGAAGUGUAUAUUCCUUCCUGGCAAUGGGGCUUUCUUUGUGAAUUAUGUGAUAACCUCAGCCUUCAUAGGCACAGCCCUGGAGUUGAUGAGGUUCUCAGAGCUUCUUGUGUACAGUGUCAGACUUUUCUUUGCUCGGUCAUCUGCAGAGGAAAGUGCAGUAAGGAAGACGACAGUCUGGGAGUUCCAGUUCGGUGUCCAGUAUGCCUGGAUGCUGUGUGUGUUUGCUGUAGUUGUUGCCUAUAGUAUAUCAUGUCCUCUCAUCGUACCGUUUGGUCUGAUACACAUGGUACUGAAGCAUAUGGUGGACCGAUACAACAUUUACUUUGCAUAUCGCCCGUCUCGGAUCAGCAAGGGCAUCCAUAAUACGGCUAUCACAUUUGUUGUGGCCUCUGUCAUCCUCCUGCAGUGUAAUAUAGUUUUCUUCACAGCCGUCCGUUCAGAGGCAGUGAGUGCUGUGUUCUUUUUCUCCUUCGUCGCUCUGUUUGCAUCACUACUGGCAUUUACAGGACGUGUUUGCUUCGGCUGGUUCAAACACUUUAACCCACUCAAAUACAAAAAGGCUAACACUGGGCCCGAGUCUGAGGCAUUUAAUGACGAUGGCAUGACCACACCCACUGGGGGACUAGCUGGCCCAACUCCGUUUGUGGCGAGUGUUCUACUGGACCCUGACAGAGAGGGAGAUGCAGGGGCGAAUGCUGAUAAUUCCAACCCAGCACCCGUCAACUCAUAUGGAUCCAUCAACUCCCACACCCCUGUCGCAGACUCCGACCACGUCUAUCAACCCUAACCACCAAUCACAGACUCAGGCCACGCCUAUUAACCCUAGACACCAAUCACAGUCUCAGGCCACGCCUAUCAACCCUAACCACCAAUCACAGACUCAGGCCACGCCUAUCAACCCUAGACACUAAUCACAGACUCAGACCACGCCUAUCAACCCUAACCACCAAUCACAGACACAGGCCACGCCUAUCAACCCUAGACACCAAUCACAGACUCAGACCACGCCUAUCAACCCUAACCACCAAUCACAGACUCAGGCCUUGCCUAUCAACCCUAGACACCAAUCACAGACUCAGACCACACCUAUCAACCCUAACCACCAAUCACAGACUCAGGCCACGCCUAUCAACCCUAGACACCAAUCACAGACACAGGCCACGCCUAUCAACCCUAGACACCAAUCACAGACACAGGCCAUGCCUAUCAACCCUAGACACCAAUCACGGACUCCAGACACACCAAAGUGUAUGAUUGUAAGCUCUUGGUUAAAGGUCAGAUUGACCUGUUUUAUCAUACAAAUUGCAGAAGCAACAUAUUCAUCAGAUCAACCUGUCUAAUCUGACACCCUGCAUGAUAACAUAUAAGAGUUCCAGGGUAUAUAGGUUUAUAUCAAAUUUCAAUAAAAAAAAUUGGGUUUUAUAUUAUGCUGGUUUAGCGAGAUGUCGGAAACCUGGAGUCAGAUUAGGCAGGAUGUCAGAAUAUACAGUUUUCAAUGUAUCUAAGUGGUCUGUAUGCUUACACAGAUUAGUGUUGAAUGAGUACAUGAUUUAGUUGUCAUUUAUUUAGUAUCAUGUAAUAAUUAGUCUGGUUGAUAAUUUGUUCUUUCGUAAAAGUGGAAAUGUUCAUCAUGACUGACAGCACAAAUUUAUCCCCAUCGCGAACAGUUUGGAAGCUGACCAAGCGAAAAUUUCAACUCGCAAAAAUAUCGAUUUUUACAAUAAUCUGUAUUAUGUAGUUACAGUAUAGCUAUGUUUACGGAGUUUGUUUGGAUUUACUCAUGAAAUUGUAAAGAAAAUUAUGCUUGAGCAUUAAAUUUCUCCGCAGUAGGUAAUUGUUAUAUAAUUUCAUCAAAAUUGAUUUUUAACUGAAAAAUGGAAAAGCUUCAACAUAUGAAGGAAGAGAACUGCAUUUGGAAUAUUCAUGUGCCAUCAAAGAAACUGAUCAGUUUACACAUCAAUGGUGAAUUUUAUUUGAAGAUAAUAUCAAUGGUGCAUUUAUGUCAGAGGGUUUAUUUUAUGAUAGUUUCUUUUUAUUAGUGCAUUUGGAUUUUGUUUUUGUUUUGUUUUUUUUGCAUUUAUGUAUAUUGGGUAUAGUCACAAAUAUCACACUGCUUAUCAUUCCAAGAAAAUGUGAUUGUUAGGAGUGGCAACUGUUGACAAUUUACAAGGGUGUAUCGCAGAAUGAGCUCAUUUAUGUAUAGAUUUGAAUGCAUUAUGUUACAGGUUUCUUUCUGAAAAUUGUUAUGAAAUUAACCAAAGCACUGAUUUCAGUUUUAAUACCACUGUAAAUAUCACUUCAGAUAAGAUAUAUCUUAUUUUGACAAUAUAUCUUUGUGUAUGUAUUUGUAAUUUUCUUUGAUUUUCAUAGUCAUUUGCAAUCAUUUCAAAUAUUAGAAAAAUGUUAUUAUCUUUUUGUCAUUUCAAAACAAUUCUUUUUGUUAAAAACUACACACAUCGUGUUUUGAAUGAGUCACAAAUUAUUUAAAAUGAAUAUUUUGGUCAAUGUACAUUUUAUAUGGAGAUAUAUCCCACCUUAGUUUUUGUUUUGAAAGUCAAAAUCAUUCACACAUCAUUUCUAUAUUUCAUACAUUUUGUGACACUGUUCUCGAAAUAUUUCCAAUCUCAUUAAUCAGUUGCAUAGUUAAGUACUUACCAAUCCUCAGUCCAUAAACAUGACUUAAAAUAAGAUGUUAUCAUUCUUAACUUCUUUGAUAAACUCAGUUGUAUUUCAUACUAUCACUAUAAUCAGUUAUACAUGUAUAAACAUGAAUUUGGAGUCGAGUAACUAUUAUUUUGUCAUUCUCUUUUGUGACAGCUAAGCUUCUUUAAUACAUUUGUAUUUCUGUGUUAACCUCCUCUUGAGAAAACAGGAAUUAGAAUUAUUUGUUUAUUCUCCCAUGAAAAUAUCUUGGAUUAGAAACAAUGCAUACAGGUAGUAUGGUAGGUAAACUUGCUCAAGUUCCAAGAUCUGGGGUCCGCGGUGGCCGCGUUGUUAAGGUGUCCCGACACCUUAUCACUAGCCCUCCACCUCUGGGUUGCGAGUUCGAAUCCUACGUGGGGCAGUUGCCAGGUACUGACCGUAGGCCGGUGGUUUUUCUCUGGGUACUCCGGCUUUCCUCCACCUCCAAAACCUGGCAUGUCCUUAAAUGACCCUGGCUGUUAAUAAAAUGUUAAACAAAAACAAACAAACCAAGAUAUGGGGACUAAUCUACUUAAGUAUCUGUGCUUACAAGAUAUUCAGAAAUUCUAAAAGUGUUUUUAUUAUUGAUUGCUUCGACAUAUACCAGACUAGUAUAUUAAUUAUUAUUGGAAUUUAUUUCAUGGAUUAUUUACAGAUGCUAAUUUUCUGACAAAGAGAAGUAUGCUGUCGGUGAUUUAGUAUAUUUAAGUUUCCAUGGUAUGGUGUGUUGCUUUAAUUGUUUUAUGUAAUGUUUUGUGUUAAUUUCAGAAGUUCAUCUUCAUAACCUUUUUCAUGACUGUAGCUAUUUUUUAGUUAUAUUCUUUAUGCAAUAUUUUAUUGUGCAAUAGUGAGAGUUAAUUUUGAAUAUUAGAGGAGUGACAUGACGAAAGACAGAGAAGAAGGGAAUAACACAAGUGUCUUAGAGUGACAUGACAAAAGACAGAGAGAAGAAUGGAAUAACACAAGUGUCUCAUGACCUCUUGCUCCACAUCCCCCCCCCCCCAUCCUAUAUUCUCUUUAUUCUUCUAUCAAUUGAAUUAGUUUUGAAAUCACGUGUGGAAUUCUUCAUCACCAUUAUCAUUGAAAUGCAAUUUUAUUAACAAAAUGAUUAUUGAAAAUGUGUGUGUGUUGUUUUCUUUGUUUUUUUUUUUUUAUGGAUGGUUGUGUUGUCAGAAACUUCAAUAAAACAAAAACAAAACAAAAAAGCAAAAAAAAAAAGAAAAUGGAGUGUAAUAUGAAAAAAUACCGGUAUUAAUGAUUUUUUAAAUAGUUUUUAUCUGCAUUUUCAUUUUAUUUCAAUGAUUCUACGAUUACAUGUGACAUAUUUAAUAUUCAAAAUAUUGCUUUAGUAUGUACAGUUAAUUAACCCAAAAUUGCAUACUUAUGUAAAAUGUAUGUAUUUGUCAUAAUAUUUAACUUUUUGAAUAGUUUUUUCACAUAUUUUACUUGUACAAGUUAAGUUUUCUAUCAUAGUUUAUUCUGUUUUGUUUGUGAUAUAUUGUCAGUAGUUUGUAUUACUGUUUCUGUAUAAUUAUCAAAAGACUACUUAUAGGUUGUAUAGCAUCAUAUUUACAAAAGUGUGAAAAAUAAAAUGUAUGUAGUUAAAAAGACCUUUACACAAUUCCCACAUCUUAAAAUACUAGUAAUAUACACAAUUCUCACAUCUAUAAAUACUAAUAUACAAUACAUCCUACUUAAAAAUCAACCAUUUAGUUCAAUUUUUAAGUGAAUAUGAAGUGUAUUUCAAACAAAGUAGUAUAUUUAGAAAUUUCAGAGGUUUUUGUUUUUACAUCCCCAAGUCAGUCACAAUAAUGUAGCCUAUAUUCCUAAUCUCUUUGUCACAGCAAGGUAGCAUACAUCCUUAAGUCUGUGUCAGUUAGGUAGCAUGCAUCCUUAAUUCGUUGUAUCACAGUAAGAUAGCAUACAUCCUUAAGUCUUUGUGUCACAGUAAGGUAGCAUGCAUCCUUAAGUCUUUGUGUCACAGUAGGAUAGCAUACAUCCUUAAUUCUUUGUAUCACAGUAAGGUAGCAUGCUUAAUUCUUUGUAUCACAGUAAGGUAGCAUACAUCCUUAAGUCUUUGUGUCACAGUAGAAUAGCAUACAUCCUCGAGUCUUUGUGUCACAGUAAGGUAGCAUGCAUCCUUAAGUCUCUGUCCCAGUAAGGUAGCAUACAUCCUUAAGUCUCUGUCACAGUAAGGUAGCAUGCAUCCUUAAGUCUCUGUCCCAGUAAGGUAGUAUACUUCCUUAAGUUUGGUACCAUUAUUGCUACUUUUAUAUGAACAUUCUGUACUGUGUCUGUCUCUAGACAAGUAAAUAACAAUAAAUUUAUUUCACUUUUCCUUAGUAUUAGGUCAGAUAAGUAUGAUAACCAUUUGAUAAAUUCUAUGUUAUCAAUGUUGAGUAAUCAGCAGCUUGGGAUGAUUCUACUGAUGAGGAAAAAUAUAUUUUCAUCAAGGAGGUAGAAAUGAUGAUUAAAAUAAAAGUCAGUUAUACAUUUA